AUGGCCCUCUCUCGUGCACUGUGGCUCUCGGGCCUCUUGCUCGCCCCCUCUGUUGGCGCCCAGGCCUACGAGCCUGGUGAUCGCAACGAAGAUGCCUUCCAGUGGAUCCAGCCUCUCGACACUACCAUCCUCGGCCAGUACGGCCACAGCCCGUCCUUUCUCCCGACUCCCAAUACCACCGGAGCUGGCGGCUGGGAGGCGGCUCUCGAAAAGGCCCGCGACUUCGUCUCCAAGCUGACUCUGGAGGAGAAGGCCGAUAUGGUGACCGGUGUCCCCGGUCCCUGCGUGGGGAACAUCCUUCCCAUCCCUCGUCUGGGCUUUGACGGCCUCUGUCUUCAGGAUGGUCCUCUGUCGGUCCGCGUGGCCGACUACGCUAGCGUCUUUCAGGCUGGCGUCUCUGCCGCCUCGACCUGGGACAAGGACAUCAUCUACGAGCGCGGUUUGGCCAUGGGCUCCGAAUAUAGAAAGAAGGGAGCCCACAUCGCCCUCACACCCUGCUCCGGACCCCUCGGUCGCUCGGCCUACUCCGGCCGCAACUGGGAGGGUUUCAGCCCGGACCCUUACCUGUCCGGUCUUGCCAUGGAGAAGAGCGUCCAGGGACUUCAGGAUGCCGGUGUCCAGGCCACCCCCAAGCACUUCAUCGGCAACGAGCAGGAGACUAUGCGCAACCCCGUCUUCGACCCCAACGGCACCGUCACAGACGUCCUCUACGAGGCCCUGUCCGCUAACAUGGACGACCGCACCAUGCACGAGCUGUACCUGUGGCCCUUUGCCAACGCGAUCCACGCCAAGGCCUCCAGCAUCAUGUGCGCCUACCAGAGGCUCAACGGUUCCUACUCCUGCCAGAAUUCCAAGGCCCUCAAUGGCCUCCUCAAGGAGGAGCUCGGCUUCCAGGGAUACGUCAUGUCCGACUGGGGCGCUACUCACUCCGGUGUAGCCUCUAUCGAGCAGGGUCUCGACAUGAACAUGCCCGGUGGCCUUGGCAACUACGGCACCGAUUGGGACGCCGGCUCCUACUUUGGAAAGAACGUGACCAUUGCUGUCAACAACGGCACCGUUGCCGAGUCGCGCAUCGACGACAUGAUCUUGCGUAUCAUGACGCCCUACUACUGGCUCGGCCAGGACAAUGGCUUCCCCAGCAUCGACGCCUCUAGCGGUGACCUCAACACCUUCUCCCCCAAGUCGACCUGGAGGUACAACUUCACCUUCACCGGCGAACGUAGCCGUGACGUCCGCGAUAACCAUGGAGAUCUCAUCCGCAGGCACGGCGCCGCUGCCACCGUGCUCCUGAAGAACGAGAAGAAGGCUCUGCCCCUCAAGGCGCCCAAGUCUAUCGGUGUGUUUGGAAACGAUGCCGGCGACAUCACCGAGGGCUUCUACAACCAGGUCAAUUUCGAGUACGGCACCCUCGUCACCGGCGGUGGCUCCGGCACCGGCCGCCUAACCUACCUGGUCAGCCCCUUGACCGCCAUCAAUGAGCGUGCCAAGAAGGACAAUGCCCUGGUCCAGCAAUGGCUCAACAACACCCUCAUAGCCACCUCUGACGUGCGCGAUCUCUGGGUCCCCACCCCACCCGAGGUCUGCCUCGUCUUCCUCAAGACCUGGGCCGAGGAGGCCGCCGACCGUGAGUCUCUCAGCGUCGACUGGGACGGUGACGACGUGGUCCUGUCCGUCGCCAGCCAGUGCAACAACACCGUCGUCGUCACCCACUCAUCUGGAAUCAACACCCUCCCCUGGGCCGACCACCCCAACGUCACCGCCAUUGUGGCCGCCCACUACCCGGGCCAGGAGUCCGGCAACUCUCUCGUCGACAUCCUCUACGGUGAUGUCAACCCUACCGGCAAGCUUCCCUACACCAUUGCCUACAACGGAAGCGACUACAACGCCCCGCCGACCACCGGCAUCAACUCUACCGGUGUCGAGGACUGGCAGUCGUGGUUCGAUGAGAAGCUUGAGAUCGACUACCGCUACUUUGACGCCCACAACAUCUCGGUCCUCUACGAAUUCGGCCACGGCCUCUCCUACACCACCUUUGAGCUCGGAAAGCUCGAGGGCAAGCCCGCCGUCGAGUCGAUUACCUCCGAGCCCGAGAAGCUUCCGGUCCAGCCCGGUGGCAACCCUGCCCUCUGGGAGACCGUCUACACUUUCACCACCGAGGUCACCAACACCGGCGAUGUCGACGGCGCCACUGUGGCCCAGCUCUACGUCAGCUUCCCCGACAGCACUCCCGAGGGUACACCCGUCCGCCAGCUACGCGGCUUCGACAAGGUCUUUCUCGCCCCGGGAAAGACGGCCAAGGCCAGCUUUGACCUGCUGCGUCGCGACCUCAGCUACUGGGACAUCAAGUCUCAACAGUGGCUCAUCCCUGAGGGCGAAUUCACGCUCUCCGUCGGCUUCAGCAGCAGGGACCUCAAGCAGUCCACAAAGGUGACUGUUGUUUCGGCGUGA